AUGCCUCCAAAAAAAGGCAGAACAGGUGCAAAUAAACAAAGGCAAGAUAGCAUUAAUUCUGUUAAUGCAGAACAAGGUCAAACAACAGUAGAUGAUGUUCGAGGAACAAUGGCGAUGAGUCAUAGUCUGCGAACAAAGAAUUCUCUAGGAACAAAGACUUCUUCAGGAACAAAGGCUGGCCUGAAAAAGCAAUCAAAUUUUAGCACCGCUCCUCUAAUUUUAGAGGGCGUAAAGCUAAAUAAAUUACAAUUAAGUAACAUCAUUAAACAACAUUUAAAGAACUUACGAAUUUCUGAUAUUCAGCUAAGUCGAACGGGAAUUUUCACAAUAUAUGCAGUCGAUGCCAACUCAUUUAAUCGUCUGUUAAAUGAGCUGACACCAAUUCUUGCAACAAAUGGACAGGCUACAGCCAAGAUCUAUGUGCCACGAUCCAUUCAACGUAUUAAAGAUACGGAAAAAGUCGCGUUUGUUAAAAACGUCGACAUAGAAAUUCCUGAAAGUCGAAUAACUGAAGGAUUGAAGGAUGUUGGCCUCGAUGUUGUUGAUGUUGUUCGACUAACGAACUAG